AUGCCACGAUUGUAUCGUAUCCUACAAUACACUCUGGCCGCAGCAGGCGCGAUGGCCACUCCUGUACAAACCUGUCAUAAGCUUGGUGCGGCUAUUGAUAACUCCACCUUCCUCCGGGAUAGCGACGUGUACACAGCUCUGGUACAUAACCACUGGUCUCAAAUCGCUUGGAAGCGUCCUACCUGCAUUUUCCUUCCAUCCACCGCACAGGAUCUGCAAGUGGCCGUUCCUAUGUUGACUGCAGCAAAGACCCGGUUUGCCAUUCGCUCUGGGGGACACAUGCCCGCCGAAGGUGCUGCCAGUAUUGAUAACGGGGUGCUGGUGGAUCUGUCUAAGCUCACCGACUUGCGCUAUGAUGGGGAUGCCAGUCAUGUUUCCGUCGGCUCUGGGCUGCGAUGGGGAGAAGUCUACAGCCAGCUGGACGAGCAUCAAGUCACCGUUGUUGGUGGAAGAGUAUUGGACGUGGGAGUUGGCGGUUUGCCCCUUGGGGGUGGUCUCUCCUAUCUGUCCGAUCUAUAUGGUUUGGCUUGUGACAACGUGGUUAACUUUGAGGUCAUUCUCGCCGACGGAUCACUGAUCAACGCCAAUUUCACCUCUCACCCCGAUCUGUUCUGGGCAUUGAAGGGCGGUGCCAAUAACUUUGGUAUCGUGACGACAUACACCCUGAAGACAUACCCCAUUUACCAAGUUUGGGGUGGAAGCCGUAUAAUUGCCUGGGAACACGCUGAGACCCUCAUUGAUGCCAUUCAGCAAUAUCAAUCCCUUCCCAACAAGGACCUCUACGCCAACAUCAACUUAAACGCAGCGGCAAUCAACACCACUGACGUCGGAUUGAUCUUGCAAAUGGUCUACCUCAAACCUGAGGAGUAUCCAGUGGCCUUUAAUCUAUUUUCUGAGAUCCCUACUCUCUUGGAUACCACCGGUCUGAAGACCUUGUCAGCCAUGAUGGGCGAAUUCCCCACGCCAACCCUUCCCCGGAUUGAUCACUGGGUAUUAACCGUUAAGCCCACCAAGUCUCUAUACGACGUGAUCAAAGAGCAAAUGCUGCGUUCUCCGCACCUCGACGACAUCCGCUCAGUCACCGCUGGCUCCGUCUCGUUCAGUUUUCAGCCAAUUUCCUCCUCCCUAGUAGAAGCAGGCCAACAAAAUGGAGGAAAUGCCUUGGGAUUGGAGGCGGUUAAUCAGACUUGGUUCCAUAUUGAUUCGGCGUGGUGGUGGCCUGAGGAUGAUGACAAGGUUCUGGGGGCAUCACGCGCCAUGAUGGAUGUUAUCGAGGAGACGGCGAAAGAGGAGGGCAGCUACCUGUCUUACCUGUUUAUGAACGAUGCCAACCGGAGACAAGAGGUCAUUGCGCACUAUGGCGAGGAGAGUACGAGGAAGCUGCAUCAGGUCCAAAGAAGAUACGAUCCUAGCCGGGUGUUCCAAAAGCUGGUGCCUGGAGGAUUCAAACUUCCCAGGGGCCGUAACUAA